AUGUCGCGUCCCCUCGAAGGCAAAUUCGGCAUCAUCACCGGUGGUUCUCGCGGCAUUGGUGAAGCCAUCGCACGCAAUCUGGCCGAAAAAGGCUGUUCUCUACUGUUGAACUUUACUUCGGAAUCGUCGCGCGCCCGCACCGAAGAACUCUGCAUCGCCCUGGCGAGCGCACACUCAAUCCGGUGCGAGAGCGUGCAAGCAAACCUGAACCACCCCGAAAGCGCCACGACCACCAUCCUCUUAGCAGCCAAAGAGCAUUUCACCAGCGCGACGGGCGCCUUCCAGAUCGACAUCCUGAUCAACAACGCAGGGGUCUCGCAGGAUCGACUUCUCAACGACCCAGUAUCAGGACCCAUCGACCCAGCCACCUUCACCUGGCACUACAAUAUCAAUGUGCUUGCUCCUCUACUCCUCACCCAAGCCUGCGCGCCCUUCCUCCCCUCCAAUCCGACCCGGUCUGGACGCAUCGUUAACAUCUCCAGCGUCAGCUCCAGCAUGGGCUUCGAAGGCCAGACCGUCUAUGGCGGUACCAAGGCCGCUCUCGAGGCCAUGACUCGUACCUGGGCCCGUGAACUCGCCUCCCGGGCGACCGUUAACGCAAUCAAUCCCGGCCCCGUCAUCGGUGACAUGUACUUCCAGACCGGUGAGGGGUUCUGGAACCAGAUCCAGGGGUUCCAGGAUAAUACGCCCCUGAGUCAAUUGAUAGAUGAUGAUCCCCAGCUCCAGGCUCUCUCGCCGGAGCAGAUCCGCUUGUUUAAGGACAAAAUGGGCGGCCGGAGACCCGCCUUCACGGCGGAGAUCGCUGGUGUCGUCGGAAUGUUGUGUACAGCGGAUGGGGACGAAUUUGAAAUCGCAACGGAGAGCACAGAUAGCGCAACGAUCUACGCGGCAUCAGACCGGGAAAGUGCGCGCGAAGCCCUGAAUCAACUCUUGAUUGUUUUUCAACUCUACACACAGGACCCGGCCGAGACGCUAGAACAGAGUCAGAAACAGGAGGAUGAGAUCCGGGAGGACAUCGGCAACGAUAACACCGAAAUGCACGAAGAAAGUCGCCUCGUCGAGACGAGUUUCGACCCGUGGACGGUGCGUCCCGAGGUCAGGGUAGAGGUGAGAAGGAGAGUGGCGCAGCGGGUGAGGGAGUUGAAGAAUGCGGUUGAAUUGUUAGAGGAAAGGGCGUCAGCAGAUUGA